AGAGAUGCGGAGAUGCUGGAUCUGAUCCACAUCCACCUACUUGAUUCGGACUCAUCGACAGUUGAUUUUCGGUUGCCCCUUUCCAUUUCCCAUCCUUCUGGACAUCAUAAAACCCUACUCAAACACGUCGAGGAACGUGUUUCUAGGGCUUACACCUUGAAUUCUUCCAAUUGGUAAGGAUUCGAUCGAGUCAUGGAGACUGCUCGUUCUGGUGCAGGAUCCUUCGCUCAAACCGAAGUUAACUGGGAUAAGCUUGAUAAAACUAAGUUUUAUGUGGUAGGAGCUGGGAUAUUCAGCGCGCUUACAGUUGGACUCUACCCGAUAUCUGUCGUAAAGACGAGGCUGCAGGUUGCAACAAAAGACUCCGUAGAGAAGAAUGCAUAUGCUGUUAUCAGAGGCUUACUAAAAACCGAAGGCAUCCCAGGUUUUUACAGGGGUUUCGCCACCGUCAUCACAGGAGCAAUUCCUGUUAGAAUCGUAUUACUCAGCGCAUUAGAGACAACAAAGGUGGCUGCUUUCAAAAUGCUCGAACCAUUUGAUAUUUCAGAUCCUUCAAAGGCUGCUAUUGCUAAUGGAAUUGCUGGAUUGACGUCAUCUCUUUGUGCUCAAUUUGUCUUUGUUCCUGUUGAUGUGAUUAGUCAAAGAUUGAUGGUUCAAGGAUAUUCGGGCCAUGCAAGCUAUAAUGGUGGCCUGGAUGUUGCCCGUAAAGUUCUGAAACAAGAUGGUAUCAGAGGGCUUUACAGAGGAUUCGGUUUGUCGGUCAUGACGUAUUCUCCGUCUAGUGCGGUUUGGUGGGCCAGCUAUGGUUCCAGUCAACGCGUUAUAUGGAAUCUGUUAGGUCAUGGAAGUGACGGCAAUGGAUCAGUUCCUAGCCAAGGAACGGUAGUUCUAGUUCAAGGUGCCGGAGGAAUUUUUGCUGGUGCCGCAUCGUCUUUCAUCACAACUCCACUGGACACUAUAAAAACUCGAUUACAGGUAAUGAAACAUGAAAAUCGACCCUCUACGCGACAAGUUAUUAAAGCAUUAAUUGCAGAAGAUGGCUGGAAAGGUUUCUAUAGAGGGAUUGGUCCAAGAUUUUUUAGCACGUCGGCAUGGGGAACAUCCAUGAUACUCGCAUACGAAUAUUUGAAGCGGAUAUGUGCUCGAGAUUUGUAGAUUAGUCCGCCAUUGAAUAAGAGAUGUGAUUCAUACUCCAGCUACUGUGAUUAUUCAGUUGAGGCGAGAUACUUUUGUAAUUCUUACUCAUCUAAGAUGCGCAUGUAUACAAAUACAUAAAUGGUGUAGACUGGCACAAACCUCUCUUGGUUUAUUGCAGCAUGACUAGGACCAGAUCACUGUAAAAGCACAUGUAUGUUAGUCUUUUAACCAUUUUUGACUUACUAGAAUUGUAUUGAGGAUGUAUUCCCAUUUUAGAACAGAAAUGAAAGUAGACAACAGUUACUGCUC